AUGUUGGACCGGGAUCCGCCAGCCGCUUCCGAAGUCGACUACUUUAUCUGGGACCACUAUCGCGGGCACAUGAUCGAUCAAGAGCCACUGGUCGAGAAAGGUGGGCUGUAUAGUUUUGUUGGCGCUGGCACGACAGACCGGAUUCAGGUUUUAUGCACUGAGUGAGCUCUCACAAAGGUCUGUAGGCACUUAUUUAGCUACUGGCGUAGCUUGUUCCACAAAGUACUUACUUUUUUAGAUAUGGUUUCGGUUUCAAGUAGCUGCUCUCUCAGUGUCUUUUGAGUUUGUUUGUUUCGUAAGAACUCGAAGAAACUUGUUAGGGGGUUGACUUGAAGUGUAGCUCUUGGCGCAAGGGCAAGGGCUUUUGCUUCCUUAAGAUAAUCAGCAUAGAGCUAGAUAAGAAAUUGAAUUGCCAUCGUCUUCCCCCACAGACUCUUCUAAAACGUAACGACACCGACUGCCACGGAGACCUGCAGCGCGAGUAUCGCUUCGAGGAAGGAGCGGGGGACGGGGCGCAAAUGCUUGCCGCUAUAGCGCAAGGGGCAAAGAGCUGCCUUCCGAUUACGACGCGAGAAGAUGCGCUGCGAAGGGCUGCGCGAGUCUGGGGGCGCAUGAACCAUGGGAAGUACACCAUAGGGUUCCGCUAUGGAAGGCAGAUUUUUAUAGGUAACUAGAUAAGUAGUUCAUUUUCUUCGAGUGACCCGCCAUUAACAUCAACAUGCAUCUUGUGCCAGCAUUUCACUUUCGUAGUUAUUGGGCGCUCGAGUUAGAACUUCGCCUCCUCCUGGUGUUGCGAUAGUUGCUUUAUGUACUUACUGACCUUGUUGUUGUUCUAACAUCGACGGAACGGAUAUGAGCCCGAUGCCAACGCGGGAGAGGUCCGCUCCUCGUUGCAGGAGUGGUGGAUGUCGAGUCUGGCUCUACGCAAUAACAUUGUUGGUGUGGCCUCAGUGGCUGCGGACGAGUUUCGAGGCGAAAACCCUCUAGCGACUAAGCAGGACGCGAUUCGUUACUGCGUCACAAACUUCGUAGAGAAGUAUAAGCCAGCGGGUGAGCCUGGGGCUGAGUUGGACCGCAUUUUGGAGGACAACCAUGAAGAAUGGAGACAAGCUCGCAAAAAGCAGAAGGAGUUGCUGAAGUUCGCAAAGCAGCAACGCAGGAUGGAGCGGAGAGAAGCUGCUUUGGAGGGUGGUACUGUGUUGGAUACGGCGAGUUCUUCGAGCGAGUCGGAUGAUGGAACGUCCUCAGAGUCGGAUGAUGCGGAUGACGAUGCUCAAGGAGGCCUCGGUGGAGGAGGAGUUAGUGGCGGCGCUAAUUCACAUGCGUGUUCCGCUUUGAAUUUGGCAGCAGCGUCGAGUGCAAUGACUACCAGGCAGGAGCUAACACGCGAAGAGAAGCAUGAAAAGCUGCAAACUGUGAUGGACGGCUUGAAAGCUUUGGGUGAGCAUGGGCAGGCAGAUACCCUUCGCCUAAAAGUGAAGCGCGCGAAAGAGGCUCACCAGAACGAAUCAAUGCAACAGGCCGACAACGCACUUGCAGGGCAGGACGCCGACGGCUUUCCAGAAGCAGGGGACGCUGGCGCGGUCGCUCAGGGUGCACAGCGCAAAAGCCGUUCAGUAUCACAGGCCUACGCGUCCUUCAUGCAGAACAUGGACCGAAAAACGGAAAAUCUUCGUGGUGAAGCCGUAAAGCGAGCGCAGGAGAGGGAGGACAAGAUCAAGUUUGAAUCGCUGUACAAGAAGCUACAGGAGAGAGACAAGAAAAUCGACGAGAGCGGUAGUGCAUCAGUGGGAGCGGUGAAGAUGGAGUUCCAGCCCCAUCAUUUUGCGGACAUGGGCAACCUUCGUGAUACCGUGUUGCAGCUUCUCAAGAGUGACCUCGUCCCGGGUACUGUUUUACCGCAAAAAGUCGCGUCAUACUGCAGCGAGCGCUAUCGCCUCGAGAGGGAUAAGCGCGAUCGGAAGAAUGGAGCAAACGAUCUUCCGGGAUUCUGUUUUCUCUUGCGGCGACAGCUCUUGCCAAUAGAGAUUGCGGAUGUGCGUGCAUAUUUUGCGGCAGUCGCAAAUCUGAUCCACGGAAGAGUCCGAAAGAUGGGUAAGCAAGAACGCUUCGCCCAUCUACAAGAGCUGAUGCAGGGCCUCAUCCAGUGGGAAGCGAAGAAACGGCAAGAAGCGCGCAGUGUCCUCCAUUCUGUCGUGGCCGCAAGUGGCAGUGGAGCUGUGGCGUCGAAGGUGUUAUCACUAAUCAAAUUCAAAUGUUUAUUGCUAAGUGCUUCAGAAUACUUAAGUACUUACCUAUAUUGUCAUGACUUCGUGUGUAUUCGACCCAAGAGUAGAUGCUGAAGAUGAAGAACUCCUACUAAUUUAAAGUUUAAACGUCAAACAUUUAACUAGUACUUACAUCAGGAACUCUACUUUUUUUUAAGUACUUGAAUUAUCAAUCCACAGAUCGACAGCGGGCUAGUGUCUUGCGGGUAUAGUUCGGCAAAACCAAGUGAGCCGAUUCAAACAGGGGCGCAAAGGAGCUUGCCUGCUCUAACGGACAACAACCGCCAGGGCCCGUAUACCUCCAAGUCUAAGGUGGCCGAGCAGCAUGGCAAAGGCGGCAGCUCGAAGUCUUCUAGUUCUUGUGUUAGCAAGGGGAAAACCGAUAAGGGGGUGAGAAAUGGAAAAGGAACAGACCAACGUCAGCCAGCGAGCUCAAGGACUUGUAGUUCCGUGCAACAACCUGAAACGAAUCCGGCCGCGCGGAGUGGUUGCGGCAGCAGUAAAGGGAAAGCGUCAAGCUCUAAGUCGACGUCAAAAUGUGCAGCAAGUGCAAGCGCAGCCUCAUCGUCUAGGACAGCAGCAGCUCCGCCGGGACAGCCUCAAGCUCCCCACCAUCCACAUCAGACCUCAUCUGCUGGACCGAGGUCGCCUGCACGACGACCUCUAACAGAGGAAGAGUGGGAAGCAAUGGGACUGUAGAAGACGAGGUGGGCCGGUGAAUGCUUUCAGCGAGGGGAGCUGUAGAUAAGUACGUAAGUGCCUAUGCCUAUAUUAACCAGUUACUUGAUUUCUAGCGUUUUAUAAGAUCAUCAUUUGUUGAAGUCAAAGAAUACCGUCAAGCAACUUCUUCAUCAAGUAAGAGCAAAAGGAAGUUACACAUGUAGAAAUGAUAUGAAGCCUACUGUUACUAAACUAAGAAUCUGCUUUCGUUUCCCACUUUCAAUGAUGUCGUACACAUACUAAAAAGUAAGUACUUACAUAGUUGUAGUUCAAGUACAAAGUUCUUCAUCUUCAUCCUAGUAAGUUCUUUGUUUUUCGAUCCAUUUGCAUCUACCAUCAAAGACGCGCUCUUUACUCAGUGUUGCAGCAGAGCUGUGCGGAGAUAGAAUUGGAGUCAUAAACCCGCGAUCAUUUUCGAUUAAGAUUUAAGCACGCUUUCUGUUUCUACGAACUUCAGCUUAAGGCUAAGAAAGCCCGUCCCCCAAUGCAGAACUUCAGUAAAGUAAAAAAGUAGUUUUAGUUUCGUUAAGUAGAUGAAUUACGAGUACAUACUUUGUUUAGUCCCGCCUUUUCAAGUAGCUCCACAGUCAACGCCCAGUAAGUAUCGUCUGCAUUAAAAUUUUAGCAGCAGCCUGCUAUGCUUAUGCUCUACUUGACUUCUGUUGUCUAAGUAGCAUCAAGAAGCGUUUUCUCGAAAUACGGGCUAGAGGGUAACCAUGGAAGUGCACAAGAUCACUAUCGUUAGCGUUCCCUGCGCUAGAAUAUGGAGAAAGUAGCCACUUUCUUGUUUCGUCUUUUCUCGUUGCUAAUUUUAUCUCCUAGAUAUCGCUAUGGAACCAAUCGCACUUAGCUCUUCCAUCAGUGUUUGCGUGUUUGUUAGCCCUAAGCUUUUACUAAGAAGCACUUACUUAGUCUUCUCGCAGAACUUACCGAAAUAUAUGUCGUUCUCCUUCUCAAGUCGUAGCUUUAUAGCUGAGCAUCCAUUAGAGUUGGCCCUUUGUGUAUUAAGUAUCUACUUAUGGGCUUCAAGUGACCUCUUUCCAUUAUAAAUAUACGCUGAGUAUGCACCUAAGGUCAAGAAUCUGGUGCAGAAAGGGUUCCACUGGUUCACAACCAAUUUCGGGAAUAGCCUAGGUUUUCCGCAAGGGUCUCCUAACCCCAUGACGCGACGUCGCGUCAUGGGGUUAGGCUAGGUUCUCCGCUGACCACUAGGGAGGUGCCGCGCGGAAAACCUAGCCUAUCCCCAUGACGCGACGCCGCGUCAUGGGGUUAGGAGACCCUCGCGGAAAACCUAGGCUAUUCCCGAAAUUGGCUAUGAACCAAAAAAAGCGUUUCUGUGACCUGAGCAAACCCCUUAGGUGAGCCUUCAAGCCUCAUUAUAUCCUUAGCAUAAGGC